AUGGGUUGCGCGCGGUUUCAGGGUUUGAUCAGUGCUCUAGUGCUCGCGGUCGCUCUGAUCUCAAGGGCUCAGCCUUGUCCAAAGAACUGUCACUGCUCGGACAGGAACGGACUCACGGUGGUCCAGUGCGCCUCUCGGAAACUGGAAGAAAUCCCCUCUGACCUACCAGAAAACACGGUCUCGCUGCAACUGGCCUCAAACCGCAUCACACGCAUCCCCAGCCAGGCCUUCAAAGGCCUGCGGAGGCUGCAGGAGCUGGAUAUGUCCGGAAACACCAUCGAGGUCGUGGAACGAGGGGCAUUCCAGGGCGUCUCGGAAGGCCUGCAGGCCGUUGACCUCUCUAACAACCUGCUUCACGCUCUGCCACGUGACACGUUCGGUCGGCUCCACGCCAAGAUCAAUCUGGCAGGGAACCCCUGGCACUGCGAGUGCACCCUGCAGGAGGUGUUACGGGAACUGCAGCUCGACCCGGACACGGUCAACCAGGUGAGCUGCCGCACGGCCGUGCGUGAGGAAUAUGCCGGAAAGCCGGUGGUUCAGGUGCUGGACUCGGGCGUCGACCUGUGUAACAUUAAGCGCAAGACCACUGACGUGGCCAUGUUCAUCACCAUGUUCGGAUGGUUCACCAUGGUGAUUGCCUACGUGGUGUACUACGUGCGUCAGAACAGAGAGGACGCCAGGAGACACCUAGAGUACCUCAAAGCCCUGCCCAGUAACUCUGGCUCUAGAAAGGACUCGGACACCAUCAGCACCGUGCUCUAA